AUGGCACCCGACUGUAACCCAAUCGGCCCCACCACCCAUUUGUUGUCCGGAUUCUUCAAAAGAAGUAUUCAUCGGAAUCGCGUGUACACGUGUAAAGUUCAAGGUGAGCAGAAGGGGCUGUGUCCAAUAGACAAGACUCACCGGAACCAGUGCAGGGCAUGUCGUCUGCGCAAGUGCUUUGAGGCAGAUAUGAACAGAGAUGGGGGAAAACUUCAACAGGACACUCUCCAGGAGGCCACGGCGCGGCUUCUGUUCACAGUCAUCAGCUGGAUCAAACAAAUACCUGCGUUUGUGGCCAUGUCCAGUCGAGAUCAGAAUAUAUUAUUGAGUGAAGGUUGGCGCGAACUAUUUCUGCUUGGUCUCGUCCAGUGGGACAUCCCAUUGACAUUUCCCGCCAUUUUAUCGCCGAGCAGCAGACGGGAACUUCAUGGGAAUGACGAGGGGAUCACGGGGCCAAUCGAUGACGUCAAAAAUCUCCGCGAAGUGGUCUCCCGUUUUCGCCAUCUGGCGGUCGACCCUACUGAAAUGGCGUGUCUUAAAGCUAUAGCUCUUUUUAAACCAGAACCUUUUGGACUCCGGGAGGUCAGAAAUGUCGAAUGUCUCCAAGACCAGGCGCAAGUCAUGCUGGGAGAAUACAUACGCCAUCGGUAUCCACAGCAACUCACGCGCUUCGGUAAACUCUUGAUGCUUUUGCCCUCUUUGCGCGCCAUCAAGUGGAGCAGUGUUGAUGAACUUUUCUUUAAGAGUAUUGUUGGUAACACCUCUGUUGAGGCUCUAGUGCUAAAUAUAUUUAAUGGUGAUCGAGUGUGA